AUGCCUCGUGCUUUCUUUUCCACCAAGCUGUUCAAGAAAUCUUCCCACGCUCCAUCCCAUGCGUUCUCGGCCAACAAGCAAUCGGCUCUCUCCAGUCUUCAAAAACUCAAGGAAUCAUGCAAAACACGGGUCCACACCUUGAAGGCCAGCCUGCACUCCAGAACAACCACUCCUCAGCUUGUUGGCAAGGAUGAAGCUGCCAGUGAAUUCGAUAUCUCCCAAUGCUUGCCCAUGGUGGAUGAUAUUGGAGCAGACCUCGGCCUAACAUUUAGCCACCACGAAGUACGGCAAUCGAGCACGCCUUCCUCAUCUCCGAGUGAAGGUAGCCAGGUCGAACAUAUACCUCCGGAAAGUUUCCAACUGUUGCCAUUCCCUGCCAACGACAGCCACAUCCAUGUUAGAAGUUCAAUCACAAUUACUUACAACCUUCAGGACGACUCGCAGGAAAUGCUGGUACCUCAAUGUCCUUUCACUGACGUUAAAUAUGGGUCAACUACUGCUUCUGUCACCGCAACACCACAAUCAGCCUCUCUUCGCCCCUCCACUGAUGAAACGAAUGAACCUGGUCCUUCUAUGGGGCCCGCGGCAGUAUCAAAGCCCCAUAACAUCAUCAUUUAUCCAAGUAGAAGCUCAUGCGGUGAAAACAAUGAUGGCAGUGUGCUGCUCGACCCUGCUGAUCAGACCCUGUCUUCCCCUGAAUCAGAUAAUGACACUUCAAUUUCUGAUAUCCUCAAAAAGGACGUCCGCGCUGCUCGCCAGGCAACAUAUGAUGUGCCUAGAGCAGCCGGUGCGCAGCAAGCCCUUCUUGACCUUGCUGGUAUCUAUGCCGAUACAGGCGAUUCUCAGGCUGAUAGAAAAGUAGUCUCUAUCAGCAAGAACUGUGAAAACGAGUUUGGGGACGAGCUAGCCAGCUCCAACCAAGAGAUUGAGCUCUGGAUGGUUGAAAGCGAAUGUCUAAGCCUGACCAAACCCGAUUACGUUGGUCGUACUGGAACCUCAGAUAACGCUGAUCACGCUUCGCCACAGACGGCCUCCAAAUUGCAUGAGCAUCGCAAGUCGCCGAGUGGUUGGGUGUCGCGGCUACAGCUUAAAAUCCUUCAGCUGCAGCAAGAGAAUCAGGAGUUGGAAGCGAAGAUUGAAUUAUUCGAGGAGAAUAAAGAGCCCACCAGGCAGGUGAACGAGAGAGAGAUCGGCGAAUUAAGUGCGGAAAACAAUCGUCUGAGUUUAAGGAACUCCUCACUUUAUUACAAAUUUCGUCGGGCUCAGGAGGCUCUUGCAGAGGAACGCAGGAAGGGUAAGACCGCGAAGGGUUCCAGAGAUGCCAACUCACUUCUUUGCAUAUAA